AUGUUGUUUGAGAGGCAACAAGGAUUGCUCCCCAGCAUUGUAGAGCCCAACCCGAGGGAGCAUGUGAAUGCAAUUAUGUUGCGGUCAGGUAAAUUUGUUCCCGGUCCUUCUUCUGUUUCUAACACUAAUACUAAUGCGCAGGUAGAUUCAAGUAGGAAAAUUGAAGCUACCAAGGCAAAGGAACUAGAGAAAGAAGAGGCAAAGGAGGUUUCACUAAUGGAAUACCAGUCCAAAAUCUCGUACCCUACUAGAUUAAAGCAGGCGCAAAUGCCUCGAUAUGCGAAGUUCUUAAAGGAUAUUCUUAGCAACAAGAGGAAGUUUGAGGACUCGACGUGCAUGACGUUAAACGAGGAAUGUAAAUUACCUAUUAAUGAUGCCUUAGCUGAUUUAGGGGCUGAAAUUAAUGUAAUGCCGUACAACCUGUUUGUAAAAUUAGUGCUGGGAGAGACCAAACCCACUAGGAUGAGUAUACAAUUAGCUGAUAGAUAUGUUAAGUAUCCUAAGGGUAUUGUAGAGAAUGUGCUGGUAAAAGUAAAUAAAUUUAUAUUUCCUGUCAAUUUUGUGAUCUUAGACAUGGAUAGUGAGAGUAGUGUACCCUUAAUUCUAGGAAGACCUUUUCUUGCAACAUCUAGGGCAAUGAUAGAUGUUUGUGAUGGAAAGUUAAAACUUAGGGUAGAGGAUGAGACUGUCACCUUUGACUUGCAUAAUCCCAUAAGCCAGUCUUUAGAUUAUAAGAAUGUUAUGUAUGCUGUUAAUGUAAUUGACGAUGAUAUUGAGACACAGUUGCAGGAAGUGUUAGUUGAAGACCCUCUACAUGUCACUUUAUGA